CUCAGAGAGGGAGGCACGCUUUCCUGGAGCUGCUGGCCAGGGACGGAGCUGGUGUUCGCUGCCGGCAACCGCUGCUGAUCCUGAGUGCUCAGGGAGUUCUUAAAGGUCUCCAGGAGCAACAUGGGGCCUACUCUAGCGGUUCCCACCCCAUUCGGCUGUAUUGGCUGCAAGCUGCCGCAGCCAGACUACCCACCGGCUCUAAUCACCUUCAUGUUCUGCGCAAUGGUUAUUACCAUUGUCGUAGACCUGAUCGGCAACUCCAUGGUCAUUUUGGCUGUGACGAAGAACAAGAAGCUCCGAAAUUCCGGCAACAUUUUUGUGGUCAGCCUCUCUGCGGCCGAUAUGCUGGUGGCCAUCUACCCCUAUCCUCUCAUGCUGCACACCAUGUCCAUUGGAGGAUGGGAUCUGAGCCAGUUCCAGUGCCAGAUGGUCGGGUUCAUCACAGGGCUGAGUGUGGUCGGUUCCAUCUUCAAUAUCCUGGCCAUCGCCAUCAACCGGUACUGCUACAUCUGCCACAGCCUCCAAUAUGAACGCAUCUUCAGCGUGCGCAACACCUGUAUCUACCUGGUGGUCACCUGGGUCAUGACCGUCCUGGCUGUGCUGCCCAACAUGUACAUCGGCACCAUCGAGUAUGAUCCUCGCACCUACACCUGCAUCUUCAACCACCUGGACAACCCUGUCUUUGCCGUGACCAUCGUCUGCAUCCACUUCGUCCUCCCUCUCCUCAUAGUGGGUUUCUGCUACACAAGAAUCUGGACCAGAGUGCUGGCGGCCCGUGACCCGGCUGGACAGAAUCCCGAGAACCAACUUGCUGAGGUUCGCAAUUUUCUAACCAUGUUUGUGAUUUUCCUCCUCUUUGCAAUGUGCUGGUGCCCAAUCAAUGUGCUCACUGUCUUGGUAGCUCUCAGUCCGAAGGAGAUGGCAAGCAAGAUCCCCAAUUGGCUUUAUCUUGCAGCCUACUUCAUAGCCUACUUCAACAGCUGCCUCAAUGCUGUGAUCUAUGGGCUCCUCAAUGAGAAUUUCCGACGCGAAUACUGGACCAUCUUCCAUGCUAUGCGGCACCCUAUCCUGUUCCUCUCUGGCCUCAUCACUGAUAUCCGUGAGAUGCAGGAGGCUCGUGCCCUGGCUCGAGCCCGUGCUCGUGCCCGUGCCCAAGCCCACGGACAAGCCCAUGAGCAAGACAGUGCCCUUGUCUGUCCUGCUGUGGAGGGAACCCCGAUGGGUGUCCGGAAUGUUCCACUACCCGGUGCUGCUGCAGCUGGCCACCUUAACCAUGCCUCUGGCCACCCCAAGUCCCAUUCCAGGUCUGCCUCUGCAUACCGUAAGCCUUCCUCUAGCCACUACAAGUCUGUCCCUAGCCACUCCAAGACUGCCUCUGGCCGCCCCAAGUCUUCCACAAUCUACCCUAAGCCUGCCUUGGUCCACUUCAAGGCUGAUUCUGUCCAUUUCAAGCCUUCCUCUGUCCAUUACAAGCCCACUUGCAGUCACCCCAAGCCUAUUGCUGGUCUCCACCGCUCUGUUGGCAAGCCUGCUCUCAGCCCUGCCGCCAGGCACCCUACACCCCCCACUGGCUACAUCAAGCCUGCUGCCAGCUAUCCUGAGCCUACUGCUGUCGGCUAUCUGGAUCCUGUUGUCUCUGACCACCCUGAGCCUGCCACUACCAGCCACGCUGAGCCCACUGCUGUUGGCCACUCUGAGUUCUCUGCCUCCCAAUACCUGGAGACCACUAACGCCAGUCACCUGGAGUCUGAUGUUAGUGACCUCUCUGAGCCUGCUUCCAGUCCCAUUACUGGGUCCCCCAAGCCUAAGGCCAGCCAGCUGGAGUCUGCUGCUGCCCUUCCUGACCCUACUGUAGUCGCCACUGCCACCAACGAUUCCCAUGAGGUUAUGGUUAUUGAUGUUGAAGAUGAUUCUGAUGAAAUGGCGGUGUGAAAAUGCUCUUGGCAGCUGGCCAGGCAGUGGUCCCCCUCUCCAGUUUGAUUUGCCUAUGUAAUCCAAAAUGAGAUCCCUACUGCAUUUACACAAGGACAGAGACACAGCUGGACGCUGACCCGCUGACGUGGUCAAAGCUUUCAGGCAUACUUCUCCUUGACAUCGUGUCCUGUAAAGAACAAAAACAAAAACAAAAUACCUGUGCGUGUGUGCGCUUGCAACUUUACAGACAAGAUUUUCCUUAAGAAAAUCUGUUGUUUCUGCUAUGGUUGACCUUCCGUAAUCCCUGCGAUUUAAGACUUUGCUUUUUCUUCCCAUUCCUGUGUCACUCUUUCUCACCUUUCCUCCUUUUCUCUGCCUUGAUCCUGCUUUCUUCUCCUACUCCCUGAGGUGUGGGGGAGGAGUGCAUGCGCAAUGGUCAAAGUGUCCUGGUGAAGGCUUCUGUGAACCCAAUGUGACCGCAGCCUUCUCUUUGUCAGUGCGUGACUCUAUUGUAUUUCAAGGGCAGUCAGAAAAGCAGUUGUGAUCAAGUGCAAGUACUAGAAAGCUUCUCUUGUAAAUCUCAGCAACAAAAUAUGACCCAUGUCUGAAGAAUAGAAUUUGAUAAUAUCUUAUUAAAAUAAAGUUUUCUGCCUAUGAGAUCAUAUGGCAGAAGGAAAGACACGGUUACACCAGUUCGUGUUUUGUGAAAAUUCAAACAUCACUGCUGAUUUUAUAGUCAAACAUGGUUAUGAAUGAUGAGAUGUUUUUGCUUUAUUUGUUUUUGGUGUAUAUUUUUUAAUGUUUUCCAGGACUUUCUUUCAUUUACUUCCAUAGAAACAAAUCUAUUAAUGAAUCAGUUUCUGCUAAAAUCCAAACAUAUGGUUGCUAGGACCAAUUAUAGUCAUGCUUUUAAUAUAUUUUAUAACUACUUUUUUUUUUUACCUCAGCCAAAUGUUUUUACACAAUCACUGUUUACAUUUUACAUUCUCAUUAACAAAGGAAGUUGAAGUAAUACUGAUAGCCAGAAGCAGAUGGAGUACUGCUGGGGAAGUUGUACCUGAGUAUUUCUCCUUGUUCCUGGAGAGAGAGAUGCUACCCACCAGUGGACUGGGGCUCAGUCAUAUGCAGUGUGAAGCCGUAGACAUCUUGUGUUAGCAUACUUGAUGGCCCAGGAAAUGAUUUUUCUCUAGAAUUCAAGGGGAAAAAAAACCUGCUGUUUAAUAAAAAAAUUGAAUUGUCUAUUCAAAUUGACAUUUUAGGCAAAGUUUACUGUACACAAGCUUGUAAACGACAAGUGGAAAUGUAUUAUACUGCCUUAAUUCUAUUCUCUAUUUGUGAUAACAAUCAAAUAAAAAGUGUUUUGUGGC